UGAACAGCCAUUUUUGUAAAACACAAACAAGACGAGACAGAAAAACGGCGAGCGUAGCACCAUAAAGAAAAGUAAAUAUUCACUUAAUUAUCGUGUUCGUAGAAGGUAGCUGCAGAAAUUAUAUAUAUUUAAGUCGAUUUUUUCAAUUACUGCGAUGCACGCGCUUGCAAAAGGAAUAAAGUCGUAGAUAAGUGAACGUAAAGGCGUUAGCUUGCUCGGCUAGCAUGCUAACGGGCGCUUGCUAGCUAGCAGCCUCCUGUUUUGUUCGUUUUGCUGAAGGAAAAAGGUCAAACGAGACAGAAAGUCUGGAGUCUGGAGAAAGUGAUCGUAUGAAACACAACUAAACUGCCCCGAAACACUCGCUCAUAUCCACCUCCACUUACAGUGUGUGUUUGUAAAGCAGAACUUUGGCCAUUUUUUUCCCCCUUUUUCCUUCGAGCUCUUCUAUUCAGUGUUUGGCAGCUAUCAGUUGACUGAUCUAGAGCUCAGAGUAGCAUCAAACGCACACACCAACAUACAGCGUCAUACAGCCGCAUACACACACACAGCAUCAUAGAGCAUCAUACAGCAACACUGCUCCUGUGAAAGCAGAACAUUCGAGCCCCAAGGACGAGGAGAACAUGACUGCUGAGACACUUAACUUUGGUCCAGAAUGGCUCCGUGCACUAUCCAGAGGAGGGAGCAUCACGUCUCCUCCUCCUUCCCCAGCAAUGCCAAAGUCCAAGCUGGCCGAGUACCGCUACGGCUGCGAGGAGAUGUUAGCACUUUAUGUCAAAGAUAACAAGGUCCCAGAGGACAUGCAGGAUAAGGAGUUUGCUGCCAUCCUGCAGGAUGAGCCACAGCAGCCCCUGGCUCUGGUGCCUCUGACUGAGGAGGAGCAGAGAAACUUCUCCAUGUCGGUGAACAGUGUGGCCGUGCUGAGGCUCAUGGGUAAAGGGGGCGGGGCUGCCCCGGUGGGCGUAUCCCGAAGCAGAGGGACUGCUAGAGGAGGACGAGGGAGGGGAAGAGGAGAAGGAGGGUUCUACCAAAGAGGAGCGGAGGAGGAGGUGGGAUUCGGGCGCAGCCGAGAGGUGCACCGCAGCCAAAGCUGGGACGACAGAGGCGAGCGCCGUUUCGAGAAGCCGCCGAGACGAGAGGGGGGACGCGGAGGCUUCGAGGACGCAGGGACGGGACGGAAGGAUUACACCCGCUCCGACAGCGAUAACUGGCGCACACUCCGUGAGGAGCAGGACGAGGAGGAAGGAGGUGUUGUAGGAGAAGCAGGCGGGAGCUGGAGGGUGGCUGGGACACGGCGUGAUGACGGAGGCCCGCGCUCAGCCGGGUGGAGAGACCACGUUAACGGAGACGGGCGACGCAGAAAGUUCGACUUUGAUUUCCGGGAAGGUGACGUGGUCCGGCGGAGGUCAGGGAGCGAGGGAGGAGAGGAGGAGAGAGACGGGCUGCCAGAGUGGUGCACUGACGAAGAGGAGGGUGAGAUGGGCACCUUCGAUUCGUCUGGAGCGUUCAUGUGCGUUAAGAAGAGCUCGAGAGACGCCAUCCCUGAAGACCAGGAGCUGGAGUUCGAGGCUCUGGAGGAGGAAGACGAGAUCGAGCGAGAGAGGAAGGACGACUCUGUUGAUAAAGUAGAGGACGUCGAAGCGUCUGGUGCGUUCGAUGACGGAGAGAUAAAAGCUACUGCUUCUCCUCCUCCUCCUCCUCCUCCUUCCUCCAUUUCCAUCUGCGCUCUCAACUCAGAACAGGAACCACACCCACCUUGUGUUGCUCCACCCACAAAGUUUAGCCUCCAGAUGAACGAAGAAGCAGCUCCAGUAGGGGGCAGCACUCAGCUGAGUCGGAGCUCUCCUCCUGCCCGGACUGCCUCCCCUCCCAUCACCCCCGCUGACAUCCUGCCUCCAGGAGGCGACACUGAGGAGGAGGACGGCAUGACGCACAUGCAGCAGGAGGCGGAGAAGAUGGUGGCGUCUCUUCAGGACACGUCUCUGGAGGAAGAGCGUUUUACACAGGCGUUGCAGGAGAGCCAUGGAGUUGCUGUCACUCGCACACACACACUCCCCACCACACACACACACUCCCACCCCAACACACACACCCUGCCUCACUCCGCCGGCGCCCUGCCGCUCACCCACGAGUCGGCCAUGAAGUGGUUCUACAAAGACCCUCAAGGAGAGAUCCAAGGCCCGUUCAGUCCGGUGGAGAUGUGCGAGUGGUUCCAGGCUGGUUAUUUCCUAAUGACUCUGCUGGUGAAGAGAGGCUGUGAUGAAGGUUUCCAACCUCUGGGGGACGUCAUAAAGAUGUGGGGACGUGUGCCUUUCUCUCCGGGACCCUCACCUCCUCCCCUACUGGGUAACAUGGAUCAGGAGAUGUUGAAGAAGCAGUUGGAGCAAGCAGCCACAGCAGCUCUCUACCAGCAGCUCCAAAUCAGAUUUCAACAUAUAAACAGGUACCUGCAUGCGCACACACACACACACAGUCUCUCUCUCUCUCUCUCUCUCUCUCUCUCUCUCUCUCUCUGCUUAACGCUGCCUGUGUGUGUCAGGUGUGGUGAGACAGGAAUGAUGCCUGCUAUGAACCGAUCCGUGCCAGAAGCCUGGGACAUUCAUACCUCAUCCUCACAGACGCCAGGUGCUGAGGUCGGUCUGUGGGAUUUGAACUCACCUCAGGGUCCAACUCUCGAGCAGCUGCAGAAACUCCAGCAGGAGAGGCGUGAAGCUGAACUCAGGGUGAAGAGGGAGGAUGAGGAGCGAAAGCGUCGAGAAGAGAAGAGAAGGCAGCAGGAGGAGCAGAAGAGGAGAGAGGAGGAGGAGAUGUACAGGCGCAAACGUGAGCAGCAGUGUCGUCAGCAGGAGCUUCUGAUGAAAUUGCUUCAGCAGAGUCAGCAGCAGCGGGAGGUGCAGGGAGGUGCAGGCUGGAGCUCGGCCCAGACAGGGUCGCUCUCUCUGGGUAAAGCUCAGGGAAAGAACCUCGGCCUCCUGGAGCAGCAACAGCAGAGAGCUCAGCAGCAGAGGCUGUCAGUGGGGCAGUGGAGUGACAGCUCUGUGGGAAUGUGGACUGGAAUGGAGGGAAAGAUGAGCAGCACCAAUGGCGGCGGCAGCAGCAGCAUGGGCAUUUGGGACGAGGCGAUUAAAAACCAAGUCAACCAUCGUAACAUGGGCAUGAAGCACAGCAUGAGCAGCCCCUCAUUCAGUAGUACUAGCAGCAGUGAGCAGUACAUGCUGAACCGUCGGAAGCGGACAGAAGAAGAGGAGCGUCUGCUGAAGCUGUUACAGGGCAUGAAGCCUCAGCAGGAUGGAUUCACCACGUGGUGUGAACAAAUGCUGCACGCUCUCAACACCUCAGCCAACAGCUCGUCCUCCUCUGUGGAUGUGGCCACCAUCGUGGCCUAUCUAAAGGAAGUGGAGUCGCCGUACGAGGUUCACGACUUCAUCCGUUCGUACCUGGGCGACACGGUCGAAGCCAAAGAGUUCGCAAAGCAGUUCCUGGAGCGCCGCGCCAAGCAGAAGGCCAACCAGCAGAGACAGCAGCAGCAGCUGUGUAAGGAGAUCGCAGGACUGAAUAUGAACUUCCCCUUACAGUCUGUGUUCCAGACGAGCCACAUUAGUAAAAGUGGCAGCAUGUACGACAGUCAGGGAGGGAAAAUGAAGAAGAAACCCAGCCUGAUGCUCCACUCUGAUCCCAGCAUCCUUGGUUACUCGUUUCUGGGCUCGAGCGAGCGGAUGAUGCUGGGAGAGAUGGAGGCGGUGGAGGAUUACUGACCCAGCAGAACCUUACUUGAGUCUACCUGAGGCCUUAAACCUGGAACAAACUAGCAGACGAAUGUGCACCGCUCCCUCCCUCACUCUCUCUCUCUCACCCACUCUCUCGUUAUGUCUCUCGUCCAGACGAGGACAGAGAGUGGAUCAGAGGUACGGUGUGUGUGUGUGUGUGUGUGUGUAGGGAGCUCUCACACCUCUUUGUCUAAGCACCUUAACUAAGCUAUUGCACUUUAUUACCAGAGUUUCAAUAUUUGAAAUUGAGUUGUUUUUUUUUUUUGUUUUUUUUUUUGUUUUGUUUUGUUUUUUUUAAACAAUGCGAAAAUGUGUGAAUAUAUUGUUACAUAUAUUAUGUGUAGAACUGUUUUGUAUACAAAAGUGUGUGUGUGUGUGUUUAAGUACGUUUAUGACGGGAGUGAGAACGCAUUCUCUAAAGACAAACACUGUCGUAUUAUUUUUUUUUUUUGUUGUUGUUUUCAUAUGAAAGCUAUAAAAUUGAAAAACUUGAACAUUUGCACUUGUUUAAGAAAAACGAAAAAGGUUUAAAAAAAAAAAACUAAAAAAACAAAACAAACACAAAGUUAGAUGAGUGAUUAUUUUUCAGAUUGUGUGAGCGAUUUAAAGAAAAGUCUGCACAAAGAACUUUAUUACCGAGCGAUAUAAAGGAAACGCCAUGUUUUUAUUUUGUUCAAGAGAAAUUUUUAUAUUUCGUCAAAGUGUGCGCGUGUGUGUGUUAACUCACUUUCACUUGUACAUAGGUUCUUAAAGAGACAGAAAAGGUGUGUGUGUGUGUGCGCUCUCCUGCCUGCGUCCCGUCUGUGGUGCUGUAUUGCCUUUUUUUCCCUUUUUUAUUUUGGAGGACAUUUGAGUGUUAGGUCUCGUUCCAACCCUGUUUUUAACCCCCUGCUGUCGCCAUCUUAAGCACUACGUCGGCCCGAGCGACAGAGCAGAGUUCACACUCGUUCUGUAUCUGUGAGCGGUGGCUGGAUCUUAUUCUGUCUCCUACUGGCCAAUCUUCCUAAACAGCAGGUUAAGUGGUGAUGUUCAGGUUGGAACGGACCCCGCGUUCCUCUGUUAGCUAGUGUGAAUGAGCACGCAACUCUUUAGCUGUUAUUGCCCUGUGGAGUGACGGAGUGACGGAGUGACAGAGUGCGCACUCGGAGUGAGACGACGAGACGUGUUUAUAGUGUAGCUCUUCUGUUCUCCUCAAAACACCAUGAAACUGUGGAACAUUAUUUCUCUCUAUUUUGGAGGACCAUAUGUGAACUAAUUGCCUUGUGUGUGUGUGUGUGUGUGUGUGUGUGUGUGUGUGUGUGUGUGUGAGAGCGACAACUUUAAUUUUCAUUGCUGUUUAAGAUAAAAAAAAAGUAUGACGGAUUUAUUUUUUUAUUGUUGCAUACAAAGUAUUUGAGACUUCUGUGAUCUGAUUUGGAGCACUUUCAAGGCUGCUACCUUAUUGUUGUCAUAUAGAUUUGUUUUAUUUCAUUUCAACUGUUUUUUUUGUUCUGUUGUGUUUUGUUUUUUUUUUUUGCAACCUUGGGAAGUUUAUUACAAAUGAAUGUAUUGCUAAAAUGUGUAACGGAGCGUCACGACGAGCCCGGCGUCGUCACUCACUUCAAAGUCUGACGGGCUUUUGACCAGAAAAUCCGACAUUUUCGACAUUUCAGGAAAUGUCCUGUCGUUCUUCCAGAACUUUCUCCAGCAGUGAACCUCGGGCCAAUCAGAGCCAAGGACGUGCACCGUGUAGCAGUAGAAGACUUUUCUUUAUUUUUUGUUUUAUUUUGUGGGGACAUUCAAGAAGUGUUUGCGCUCAAACCCCCUUUCUUUAUUUUCUGCCUAAUCUUCAGUGAAGACAGAGACUUUUGAAGUCUGGGCUGAAAAUUAUUAUUAUUAUUAUCGGUACUUGAUCUAGAGGAAUUCUGGAGUAUAUUUUUUACAAAAGAAGAAGAAAAACAAGACGUGUAAGUAGCAGCAAUAAGGACAUGUUAUGUGAACACGUGUGAGGACGCGGGUUCUCCUGGAGACGUGGACUCGAGUCUCGUACUGCAUCCUGGAUGGAAAAAAAGAAAAAAAAGCCCUUCAGUGUCACUUGACCCGUGCGUUUGGUGGACUGGAGUCUCAUACACAGGUAAAAGAUUUGGAGACGUGGUCAUGCAUGUGCUACUGACUCCUCCGAGUGGACUCGGGUCUCCUGCCGUGUUGCGGACAAACGAACUCUUUGUCGCAUGAAGGAAAAUCCAACACGGUCGACGAAACAGUCGGCUUUAACUGAAUGUUUCACAGAAAACUCCCCAGCAGAUCGGCUUCUAGAGGACGCUAGGGCGUUAAACGCUCGGGUUCGGAUAGAAACCCUGCAGAGAGAGAGAAAGAGAGAGAGACUGCUGCAGGUCCUCAAGGAAGAGGAACGAGUGAAACCAGCAAGUUUCAGCGUGAGGAAGUUCCUGCGAAGCCUGGAUCCUGCUGGAAGGAAGACGUCCCGAUCCGUCUGAGGCUCCCGGCCCGCUGAACUCAAACCUCUCGCCUUCUCGCACACUUCCUUUCUGUGUUUUUAAGGCAUGUGCCGACGAUCUGUUAGUGAAUACGUCACGAUACGCCGCAUCCACGGGACGUUAGCCGAGACACUGGUAAACAAACACGACCGCGCGCUAGAAGAGCGGCUGCCGCGCAAAGAGGAAGUCGAGGUCGGUUUACGACGACCAAUCAGAACAAACUAGUACUUUUUUUUUUUUUUUUGCAAAAUCCAAAAUCUCAAUCAUCCAUAUAAAAAUGGUUUAUCGGCACGUGCCAACUAUUUCUCCUUCUUUCCCCUUCUACGUUUCCUUUUAUUUUCAUUUUCCUCUUUUUGGUCAUUUGAUCUAAAAGGGCGGAGCUUAAGUUGAACUCUAUCAUGACAUCACCGGAAUAUUUUAGCUUGCGAACAAAAUUAGCAGCGGAUUUUUAACGCGCUGUGUGAGGUGAAGCCAAUGCUAUCAGAGAUCAUCAGCGUUGCGCUCACGUAGCUAAGCUAGUCGACCUGAGCGACACUGUAAACGUAUGGCCUGAUGGAAUUUCACCUUAAGCUCCGCCCAUUUUGUGUAUAUAAAGUACAUUUUCAAUUUGAAAAAUGUCCCCCCUUUUUUUUUUUAUUGCCAUGCCUUAAACUGUACAGUGGGCAAUUUUCUUAACUUGCUAGCUCACGUGAGCGUGUAUCAACAAUCUGGACGCAGUCGCACCCUCAGCUGUGGGACUCGGCUCUGUACAUUACCGUUUCCAAGCUACGAGAGUUUUUAGGUAUUAUCAAAGUUUGCAGGCAGUUUUAGCAGAAAAGGACGUUUGCCCCGCGCAUACUCGAUCCCUCUCUCCGCCAGCGACAGACGAGUGGACACCUCGGGCACGGAGGGCGGGGCUAGUGGAGUUUACGCUUUGAGAAGAACAAACUAUGUUAAACAGAAAAUAAAGUUUUAAAGCUUGAA